AGAAUAUGCAAUUUUUUUAACGAAAAAAGAAAAAUAUUUUGAAAAUUACUGAUAAUAAAGAAAUAAUAUAGUUGUGUGAUGUAAAUGUAUGAUAUGUGCAAACAUGUAUUUAAAAAUGCGCAUAUAAAAUGUUUUUUGAUGUAAAUAUAAAGCGAUGAUGAGACAUGGACAUGGACUGCUUGCUGCUUUUUACAGAGUGAAUGUGAAUGUAUGAAUGGAAAAUUAAUUCGUAAAUUUACUUUUCAAAUGAAUGAAUAUAAUAUUCUCUACGGUAAAUAUUUACCCGUAUGCGCUUAUAGUAUGUACUUAUAAUACUCCUACAAGUUAUUGUGUGUUGAUGUGAAUCAUUUCGUCGUCAUUGUGUCAAGUAAUAUGUAAGGAAUAAUAGAUUUAUCUUUGCAAUCUAUUGAUGGCCACAAAAUAUAAACGCGCCAAAAAACACUAUAUAGAUGCGGAAGUAUAUUUGAAGUAGAACAAUUAAGACAAUCAAUCAUUCCAGAAGAACAUUUUUAAAGAAAUUAUUCCCGCCGUCAACGAAAACUAUGGACACCUCACGGGAGGGCACGUUGAAAGAUCCGCGAGCACCAACGAUUUGCAUGAAGAUUAGCAAUUGGGCAUUUCAUGUUUGUAGCAUGAUUGUCCGCUUCGCCUUUCAGUUAAUCUACGGGAAGAAGGGUGAAAAAAUGCCGGACAUUUCAGAUCCCAUAUUAUUGGAAUCGGCUUCGUCUUUGGCUAAAAAAAUCCGUAAACAGGAACUAACCAGCGUUCAGGUUAUGGAAGCGUUUAUCAAACGUAUAUACGAUGUAAAUCCUUUAUUGAACUGUAUGGUAGAUGAACGUUUCAAAGAUGCUUUGUUAGAGGCGAAAGCUGCUGAUGAUUUGAUAAAAUCGGGAAAAUAUACGGAAAAACAAUUAGCCAUAGAGAAACCGUUUUUGGGCGUGGCUAUUUCUACUAAAGAUUGUAUAGCUGUUAAAGGUAUGCUAAACACAUCCGGUUUAUACAGCAGACGCGAUUAUCGCGCCUCAGAGGAUGCUGAUGCGAUUGCUUUAAUGCGUAACGCAGGAGCUAUACCAUUCGCUUUGACCAAUGUGUCGGAGGUAUGCAUGUGGUGGGAAAGUAAUAAUGUCGUUCACGGCCGUACACGCAAUCCGUACGAUACCAAUCGUAUUGUUGGUGGCUCAAGUGGUGGCGAGGGCUGCAUGCAGGCUGCCGCCGCUUCACCCCUCGGCCUAGGAUCAGAUAUAGGGGGUUCCAUACGUAUGCCUGCUUUUUUUAACGGCAUCUUUGGCCAUAAGCCCAGCAAAAACGUGGUUUCCAAUAAGGGGCAAUUCCCACAGCCCUUCACCGAAGAACAAUAUUCAUUUUUAGGUAUAGGACCAAUGGUUCGUCAUGCUGAAGAUUUAAGACCGAUUUUAAAGAUCAUAGCUGGAGAAAAAGCCGAGCAAUUAAAUCUAGAUGAACCUGUUGAUUUGAGCAAAUUGAAAUACUUUUAUCAAGAGAACGAUGGCGGCGGACGUUAUGUGUCGGAAGUCGAUCAUGAUAUUGUUGAUGGCAUUCAUCGUAUUGUGAAACAUUUGAAAACCAAAUUUAAUGUACCUGUAAAACAAAUGCAGAUAGAGGAAUUUCGCCAAUCGGCUGCUUUAUGGUUCGCUAACAUGAAAGAUGAUUCCGGGUACGGAUUUGAACGUCAACUAGGUAACCUAAAGACCUCCAUAAAUCCUUACACAGAGAUGCUUAAAUGGUUUUUUGGCGCUAAACAUACCUUUAUCGGUUUACUUACCGCCAUGUUGGAUAAAGCUCAAUGUCAAUAUGGUUCGCCUAAAUAUCAUCAUUUAGUUAAAAAACGCAACAAAUUAAGAGCAGACAUGGAAGAACUACUUGGCAAUAAUGGUGUCCUUAUAUAUCCCACUCAUCCCACCGUAGCACCCUACCAUAUUGAACCGCUAUUUCGAGCUAUUAAUUUUUCGUAUACCGGCAUUGUUAAUGUUUUAGGCUUUCCAGCGACUUCUGUGCCCCUGGGCAAGUUGGGUAGUGAAGGACUGCCGAUUGGUGUACAAAUAAUUGCCAAUUGCAAUCAGGAUCGUUUAUGUUUGGCAGUUGCAGAGGAAUUAGAAAAAGCCUUUGGGGGUUGGGUUCGACCACAAAUAAGCAUUUAGAGGAAGAAACCUAAUAACCGAUAUACCGUAUAUUUUGUAGAUCUUUUUAUAUUAAACAAGUAUUUAAUGUUAUACAAACACAAAGAUGCAUAGAUAUUUAUGUAUAAUUAAAUGUACAAUUAAUAAUAAUAAGAGGGUUUUCUGAGCUGAUAUUGCAAUUAAAAAACAUUAUUUCUUUAUUAAGAGAAAAAUUCAAGGUUGAAACUUCAAUCAAUAAGUUGCGUCUAUUGAAAUUUUAAUAGAAAAUCAACUAAGAAAA